UUAACUUCCACACCAUGAUCGACCGCGUCAGAUCGAAGAUUCUUUUCCCUCAGAUAAACAAUUCAAGUCUAGCCCUACAACAAACUACAGUAUAUGGCGUGAGAGAUAAGAUCUCCACAUUAUGACCUGGCUAGCAGCUGUCGUCCUUUCCUGUUUGGUACUUCAUGUAUUUUGUGGUACCCCGCCACCACCCAGAGGGCUGACCGUACGAUUCACAAGUGAAUCAUCCCUGCGUGCUGAUUGGCUCCUCAUAACACGUGACAAGGUUAAUGGGGUUAUCAUUGGUUACCAGUAUCUUCUCUAUAACCAGUCAGGCCUAAUGUCCAAUGACACCGAGCUAAACACAACGUCAUCGCACACCUUCAACGAUCUUGAGCGGUGCGAGGGUUACGAAGUUCGCGUACGUGCAUGGACUGCAGGGGGUUAUGGGAACUACAGUACCGUGGAGUUGCCCAACGAAUGUGCUAUCCCAGUUAUCCAGUCCCCUUAUCUCAGACUAAUCGCGACCGAGACCAAGCCCCACGUCCUUCCACUAAACUACACGUCUAUUCCUCCUGCAAGCAUUAUAUGGACUCUGCCAGACAAAUCCACUUUAGCUCUCAAUGAUAAACUUCACCGGAUAGUAAUAGAUGAAGAGACCAAAAGGGAAAAUGAUUCAGUGAUAACUAACAAUGAGACGCUGAGCUUUACAUAUGUGGUGUCCGGUGACAAGGGGACGUAUACGUGUAACGUGACCAACAGAUUGGGCUCGGCUAUCGCUACUAGGGACCUCCUUAUUGGUAAUGAUGCAGUUCGUAUUACAUUUCUACUUAAAAUAACAAGUGAAACAUAUAGCAGCAAGCUCAAGGAGCCCAAAAGCCCCGAGUUCAAUGCUCUUGCGAGCAACAUAAAGAAACAGAUCAGUUUGUUGUAUGCAGAUAAACAGUCUUACUCGAUACUCCAAGUCAACAUAAAUUCAUUCAGUAAUGGAAGUGUGAUAUCAAGCUUUGAUGUCCUUGCAAACCGCACCGCCAGUAUCAGUCACUCGUACCUGGAGAAAGAUGUGGUGGCUACCAUGGUAACCCAAGCUCGUACGGGUAGCGUAGGAGAACUCAAAGUCGAUGGCGUCAUCAUUGAAGGUAACCCACCAGCCGUUAAAAAUCUGCAAGUGCAUGAUGUACAAUCGACUUACGUGAAGCUAACGUGGGAUCUCCCAGACUUUCCCAAGGAAUAUGAGAUCGACAGCUUCAUUCCUCAAUUCAUGAAGCAUGGAGACUCUACUUUCACGAACUCUACGACCAUAGCGAGUGGCGAGGCGAAGGCAGGCAUGGUGGAAGGACUCGAGCCAGGGACAGACUACUUUGUACGCGUUGUGACACAUCGCAAGUUGGUCAGUCAGAUUGGCGAGAGCGAGGAACUGGAGAUUACUACCCCAGACCGGAUGUUGAAGGUCAUAUUGUUAACCAUCAUACUUCCGGUUGGACUGGCUAUCCUCAUCGUAGCCUUGUUCUUGGCUGUAUUCCGCCCUCGGUGCUCAACUGCUGACAAGCCUCUCCAACCCUCCCCUAUGCGUCAGAUCUUCGGCCCACGUGACGGUCCAGCCAAUAAUGAAACCCUUUACGCGGCAUGCUUGCGGGAGUUCCCGUGCGAAUGGAACGAGAUCCCGCGGGACGAUGUAGAGUUCGGAAAAGAGCUCGGGUCGGGCGCGUUUGGGGAGGUUUACGCUGGAACUGUCUCUAAAGACGGGAAAUGCUUGCCGUGUGCUGUAAAGACACUUAAACGUCACGCAACAGAGAGGGAGUACCGUGACUUAUUCAAUGAGCUUAGCAUCAUGGGACAAGUCGGCUUCCACCCUAAUGUGGUGAAUCUGAUUGGUGCUUGUACAGUAGAUGGACCCCUGUGGGUUAUCGUCAGCUUGGCAGAGAAUGGAAAUUUGUUGGACUACCUGCAUCUCCACAGGAAGCCCAACUUUCAGGACCACUCGUACGAGAACAUCCCCACUGUCUCCACUGAACAGCCCGAAGAGAUCAGCUACGUGCAGAAGCUAAAGUUUGCUCACGGAAUCGCACAAGGCAUGAGGCACUUGGAAAAACACAAGUGCGUACAUCGUGACCUGGCCGCCAGAAAUGUCUUGCUCGGGAGAAGUCUGGAACCGAUAGUGUCGGACUUUGGACUCUCACGUGACAUCUACGAGAGUGGCAUGUACGAGGACCUGUUAAGCACACUGGCUCUUUCUAAGAAAGUCAAACACAAACGCAGAACAAGUGAGAAUCGGUCAAACCCAGGCGCAACACAAGGCAAGCGACCUGUCCGUUGGAUGGCGCCGGAAUCUAUUGAGGACUACACGUGUACUUCAAAAAGUGACGUCUGGUCUUAUGGUGUGUUACUAUGGGAGAUUGAAACCCAAGGUACUGUACCGUAUGCAGCAAUGGAGACAGGGCAAGACAUACUACGCGAGGUCAAGCGGGGCUACCGACUCGAGCAGCCACCCGAAUGUGAUGACAAAAUCUACGCCCUGAUGCUGGACACGUGGGAUCCAAACCCCCUGAACAGGCCAUCAUUUGAGGUGAUCGUCAACAGAGUCGAGGUCCUGCUGACGGCCGUGUCGGGUUACCUCGAGCUCGAAGGAGGAGGCUCCCUUAACCUCACGCCCUACGACGAGGUGAACAUCACCGGCUCAUCCCUGAACCUGUACACUCCCAACGGAGACGUGCCAGGCGGUAACAACAAUGAUAACCAUAGCAACGUGGGAUAUCAUGACCAUGACAACGGAGAAGCGCGGGAAAAUACCGCUGACGACCUAUAUGAGCCUUUUGUUGCUUGUCGAGCAAUGCCAAAAGGUGAAGAGGACGGUGUAUCGGGAAGCGCGCAUGACAAAGAACCAGCCCUCGCUGGCAAAGAUGUUUGCAUCACGCUGUCCCCUCCUGCACAAGAGGAGUCACUUGACGAAGAAACUAGAUCGAUGGACAUACGCGAGCAGUAGAUAGGAUUUCUUAACAAACAUAGAGUUUAGUUCAGCGCAUGCUA